GGCUCCCCCCAGCGGCCGGGAUGCCUGAAAACCAUGGGAAAGACACUGAAAACCACCUCAACAGCAGUUCCAGCAGUAGUAAUUCAGUUGCUUGCUUUGGACAGUAUCAAUACACAGCAAGUGAAUAUCAAGCUAUCCAGGAUGCCCUUCGUCAGAGACUGGGUCCAGAAUAUAUCAGCAGUCGGCAAGCUGGAGGAGGACAAAAGGUCUGUUACAUUGAGGGGCACAAGGUAAUCAGUCUGGCCAAUGAGAUGUUUGGCUUCAAUGGCUGGGCUCAUUCAGUUACUCAGCAGAAUGUUGACUUCGUUGACCUCAACAAUGGCAGAUUCUAUGUGGGGGUCUGUGCAUUUGUGAAAGUUCAGCUUAAGGAUGGUUCAUACCAUGAAGAUGUAGGGUAUGGAGUCAGUGAAGGUUUAAAGUCUAAGGCCUUGUCCCUAGAAAAGGCAAGGAAGGAGGCAGUAACAGAUGGACUGAAGAGGGCACUCAAGUGCUUUGGGAAUGCUCUUGGGAACUGCAUCCUAGACAAAGACUACCUACGAGCUGUGAAUAAACUUCCACGUCAGAUGCCCCCUGAGUUAGAUUUGGUCAAAGCUAAAAGACAAGACUAUGAACCUGAAAUAGAGAAAGCAAGAUACAGCAGCUGUUUGGACAGGGAGAAUGCAGGAGGAAGACAACAUUGUGAGACAGCAUCUGCUUGUAAGCCUGGUCAGACAGAGGCUGCUGUAGUGACAGUGGAUCAGAAACAGCCAGAUGGUUCCAGAAGUGCAGACUCCUCAGCUACGGAGUGUGAUGCCACUUACCAGCGGAAACUGCGGCAAAAGCUCCUGCAGCAACAGUUCCGGGAACAGAUGGAGAAAAAGCAGCAGGUUCCAGCGGUUACUCCUGGCAGCAAACAGGCAAUGCCUGAUCCUCCUGUACAGCACAGCACUCCAGCAGCAGAACAGCAGGAGCCAGCGAUAGAAGAGGAGUUCUUUGCAGAUGAUCCUGAACUUUGGGACAUUUCCCUGGAGAGCAUUGAUUUUAAGAUAAUGGGUCAUAAAAUGACAAAUCCACCAGCUGGACAGCAGACAUCUGAAACACCCCACGGACAUCAUCAAAUGACUACUCGUAACAGGACACCACACAGAACAAAUCAUCACAAAGCUGCUGCUAGAUUUGCACAAUUGUGGUCUUCUGCUACAGUUGUGAGCAAUAGCAGCUCUGCCAACCAGAACACCCCAGAGUACAGCCCCCACAGGAGAAGUCAAAGCUUGAAGAAAAGGAGACUGGAACCUACGUAAGGCACCAGGUGGUAUCGCGGCCUCCAGACCGGAUUACAUCGGAAAACUGCAGUUGGCUGUUAAAAUUAUGUGAGGAAAUCUAAUGCAUUAAUGGAUUUUCCUUUACACAAUAGUGAAGCAACACAGAAGAGCUUAAUACAGCCAGCAAGAAAUUAUUGUACUUUGAGGUUACUAAAUGUUUCAGAGGUCUCUUUCCAUAAACAAGCGAUCACUCAUGCUGCUGCAGCAUUAGACUUGUGGCUGGAUUACAAGCUGACAUUACAUGUCAUUUGCCCAAAAUGUUAAAAGUAUUUAAAAUUAUUAAAUAAAUUCAUAGCUUCUUUCUCCCUCAGUGCUGCAUUUCAGCACGGAGAAAAGACAUUUUUAGUAAAAUGGGAGUAUGGUCAGAUGACAAAGCCUGAAGGCAUGAAGCCCUUUGCCCUGUGGCUGCACAAAUGGGCCCAGAGCCCUAUGGCUCCUCCUCAGGCAUUUGGGACCCCAGUGCAGGAGCAGCACAUUCAGCGGUGCCAGCACAACAGGGCAGCUCUGGGGUGGGAGCAUGCUGGGACUGCUGCUGAGGUGCUGCAUGAAGCAUCUCAGACCAUGUUUGCCUGGACCCUUUGUAAAAAUGAACGUGAGCUGCAAUUUUGAUUUUAAAUAUUUCAGCCCUUUUCCAUAUAAAAAUAAACAUGAAAUACACACCA